AACGACUCGCCAUGCCGGCCGCCGCUUCAGCCGCUACCUGCGCCCCUGCGGCAACUUCAAGGCGGCUAGCCACUGCACCGAGCAUCGUUUCCUGCCGCCACCGUCCCGCACUGCGCCGCCAGAACUCGCUGCAGCGAGCGGUCGAGCAUUCCGCACGAUCAGCUGGUUCCAGACCGUCGCCUACGACGCCGGCGACGUCGCCCAGGGCGAGCAGCUCCGCCGCGUCGCCGUCGCCAGCGUCGCCAGCGUCGCCCGCCGUGACGCGGCCGAGCCGCACGCCGCACAGUGGGUACCACUACGCGCCGGGCAGCAGCAGCAGCGGCGGCGGCGCUGAUCAGCCAUUUUUCGAGGGGUGGUACUUCAAGGUGUCGCUUCCCAACUCGCGCGACUCGUUCGCAUGGAUGUACUCCGUUGAAAAUCCCUCCGCUCCGCCCCCCGCAGCCCCCUCCGCGGCUUCCCCCGGAGCGCCAUCCGCUUCCCCCGCCGGCGAGCAGGCGGAGCGCGCGAAGGGGGGCCUGCCGUGCGUGAUGAUGCAGGCGAUGGGGCCGGCGGUGGACAGGCAGGCGGAGUGGGGGCGCGGUGACGGGGGCGCGCAGGGCGGGGGAGAUGCGCGGGACUAUGUGUAUCAACAAACGGCGGACACGGGACGAUUCUGGGGAGUGCGGCAUGAGUUGGCGUUGGGAGCGUGUUUCCAGCCCAGGGAGGGGCACGUGUCGCCCCUGGGGGAGGUGCCGCCUCAGGGCAUCAUCCCUUCCCUCCUGCUUGGCUACAUCACGCUAUGCCAUACUCAAAACUCCAUUGCCAACUUUCUGUUCUAUCUUCCCACUCUUCUCCCGAGCAGCAUAGUGCGAUGGCGCUAUGAGGUGACGCCCAUCGAUGGCUGGGGCCCCAGGGGCGGCACACAGCUGUCAACUGCUGGUUGGCUCUCUGCCCUGCCAGCUUUUGAACCGCACUGGCAGGGGCACUGCAUGGACUUCACAGACGCCUACUUUUGUGGCGCCUCAAAAGCAGACGCCAUCUCCUACUCUGAGAAGAACUGGUGCGAGGCCAUCACCUCCUCAUACCCCCCUGCACCCCUCUCCACCCAUCAUUCAUACCCCUGCCAUGCACCCCCCCCUCCCCCCGUGCAGGUGUGCAUGGCGAUGGGGCGAGCGAGUGGGUGGGUGGAGUGGCAGGGGCACCGCAUUGAGUUCACAGACGCCGUCACCUACUCUGAGAAGAACUGGGGCGGCGCCUUCCCCCUCAAGUGGUUCUGGUGCAAUGUGUGGUCGCACGUGCCACUGGGGUCCGCAGUGGCUCUCUUUGGUCCUCUUUCUCCCCACAUUGCACGCUCUUUCCCUCCCCCUUACACCCUCUCCCACCAGAUCCAGUGCAAUGUGUGGUCGCAUGUGUCACUGGGGUCCGCAGUGGCGCUCACAGUGGCGGGGGCGAAGCGGCAGCUCAACCUGCCCCUGCUCGCCAACUCCGUUGAGGAAGUGGGCAUGGUGGGGCUGCACUGGCAGGGGCAGUUCAUCGAGUUUGUGCCCAACAGGGGCGCCGUGGAGUGGAAGGUGCAGCCGUGGGGCAGCUGGCACAUGCACGCUCAGAACGAGCAGUACGAGGUGACAGUGGAGGCGCACACACUCCCGGGCGAUAACGGCACGCCUCUGCGAGCGCCAACAGCGGAGGGAAUGAGGUUCUUCUGCAAGGACUCGUUUGACGGCCGGGUCAAGCUGGAGCUGCGCCAGCGAUACUCGGGGCAGGUGGGUACUCGGGGCAGAGAUGCGUCCGUGCUUGCAGCUGGUAUGGUAUUUCCCCAUCUGGAUCACUCGCGUCUUCUUUUCUUCUCCCUUGCUACCCCACCUCUCAAUGCCCGUGUAUUUUACGGCCACGGGGCGGAGAGCACAGCAGCAGCGGUGGAGGUGGGAGGAGGGCCGUGGUGGGAAGCAUGGGAGCAGAGGAGCCGCAUGAACCCCGCCCAGAGCGCCAUCAUCUCGCUGCCUCUCAACCUCUCCACGUUGCUCCCGCCCUCCCUGCAACCGCCUGGCCUGUGA